AGGGGCGGGGCCUCAAAAAGCUGAGCUGACGUUGGACUGUGUUCCGCCUGGUCCGCGGAACAUGGCCCCGGGGCCGUCAGCCACACCGGGGACCCUGCUGCUGCUGCCGCUCCUGCCGCUGUCGCAGGUGGCUCACCCUUGUCCCCCGCAGGUGACACUGGGCUCCGCAGAUGGCAACUGUGAUCCCGCGGAUCAGUGCCCGCCCCAGGCCCGCUGGAGCAGCCUAUGGCAUGUGGGGCUUAUCCUACUCGCCAUUCUCCUGCUGCUGCUGUGUGUGGUCACAGCCAGCUGUGUACGGUUCUGCUGCCUCAAGAAGCAGCCACACACCCAGACACGCGUGCCACCGCCAUGGCAGCCCUGCGACGUGACGGGUAUCUCCGUGGACAGCGACAGCCCCGCGCACAGCACUGUGACCUCCUACAGUUCGGUGCAGUUCCCACUGGCCAUGCGGUUGGCCCUGUCGUUCGGGGAGCCGGACACUGACUCCUUGGUCCCUCCUACCUACAGCCUAUACGCUUCCGAGCUGCCACCCUCCUAUGAUGAGGCUGUGAAGAUGGCGAAAGCCAGAGAGGAAGCCGCAGCUCCCUCCCAGAAAACUGGCCCUCUGCCCGAGGCCUUGGGCCUGGAGACCUCUGGAGGGCCCCAGGAGCCAGAGCCCUAGUCGUGCCCCUUUGAAAAGGGUGGGAAUUCUUUCUCUUGGAGCCAUUAAACCAUAGCCUGGAUUCUUGGCACUUAGGACCAAGGAACCUCACCUGUGCCAUCAUCCUUCCCCUGGGAAGGACCAGCCAGCCAGCACAUUGCUGCUGACUCAUUGCUAUGCAAUGGUGGGCCUGCCCUGUAUCGGC